AUGGAUUUCACCUUACGAGAUGAAGCGGUUCGAGAUCGUGUUCGCGCUGCAGCGGAAUUUCUUGACCCCAGCGACCAGCGAUUACGAAGGUUGCUAAGCUUGCCUCCUGAUUUUGCUCAUGCUGACGUUGUUUUCAGUUACCGUGCAGAUAUAGUCUUGAUGCUAAAUCGUGGCCUGCGGCGUCUUACAGUCAGCUUGGACGAAAUCAGAGCCCAUAAUGGAGACCUUGCGAAUGGCCUAUUAACCCAUCCAUUCGAUUACUCCCAGGCUUUCGAUCAAGCUUUGAAAGAGGUGAUCCAAACUUUAGACACAGAGUCGACAAGGCUAAGCAAAGAAGAAGUCGAGGAUACAGCAUGGUAUUGUGCCUAUGUUGGAGCUUUUGGCGAAUAUGCCUGUAACCCGCGUACCUUGAGCUCGUCGCAUUUGAAUCGAAUGGUAGCUUUAGACGGCAUUGUUACAAAAUGUUCUUUAGUCAGGCCAAAGGUGAUUCGGAGCGUCCACUACAAUGAGAAAAAGGAAAAUUUCCUCGUUCGAGAAUACAGAGACCAAACCAUGACCGCCACCGGAGCUACGAAUUUGAAUGUGUAUCCACAAGAAGACGACCAAGGAAAUCCGUUGAUCACAGAGUAUGGCUAUUGCAAGUACCGCGACCACCAAAUGGUUUCCAUUCAGGAAAUGCCAGAAAGAGCUCCCGCCGGACAGCUUCCGAGAGGCGUCGAUGUCAUCCUUGAUGAUGAUAUGGUGGAUAAGGUAAAGCCAGGCGACAGAAUUCAGCUUGUCGGGAUAUACCGAUCACUUGGAAAUAGAAACGUAAACUCCGGCAGUUCAACUUUUCGUACCGUGAUUCUCGCUAACAACAUAAUACAUCUUGCCUCGAAAUCCGGUGGUGGCAUCGCGCAAGCUAUAAUUACCGAUACUGAUAUUCGCAACAUAAACAAGCUUUCGAAAAAGAAGAAGGUUUUUGAAUUGCUCUCUCAAUCUCUGGCCCCAAGUAUAUAUGGGCAUGAUCACAUUAAAAAGGCCAUUUUAUUAAUGCUGCUUGGUGGUAUGGAAAAGAACUUAGAUAACGGAACGCAUUUGCGUGGAGAUAUUAAUAUUCUAAUGGUCGGCGAUCCGUCGACUGCUAAAUCCCAGCUUCUUCGUUUUGUUCUCAAUACUGCUCCUUUGGCUAUCGCAACUACUGGAAGAGGGUCGUCAGGUGUCGGUCUUACAGCAGCAGUUACCACCGACAAAGAGACUGGCGAGAGAAGGCUUGAAGCUGGUGCUAUGGUCCUUGGAGACAGAGGUGUAGUAUGUAUUGAUGAGUUCGACAAGAUGAGCGACAUUGAUCGAGUCGCUAUCCACGAAGUUAUGGAACAGCAAACAGUCACUAUCGCCAAAGCUGGUAUUCAUACAACACUCAACGCAAGAUGCAGCGUUAUCGCAGCCGCUAACCCUAUCUAUGGACAAUAUGACACACACAAGGAUCCUCAUAAAAACAUUGCCCUCCCAGAUUCGUUAUUAUCACGUUUUGAUUUACUCUUCGUGGUGACAGAUGACAUUGAGGACACCAGAGACAGAUUGGUUUCCGAGCAUGUUCUACGAAUGCAUCAGUACCGUCAGCCUGGGACUGAAGAAGGUGCUCCUGUUCAAGAGCAAGUCAACAACAGUCUAGGUGUUGGGCUUGAAACUACUAGAAAUUCGAACGCGCCUACAGAUGUGUAUGAAAAGUACAACGUCAUGCUCCAUGCAGGUAUGACGGCCACAUCAGGCAAAGGAGCGGGAAGAAAAGUGGAAGUAGUCAGUCUUCCGUUUGUUAAGAAAUAUAUUCAAUACGCAAAGACUAGAAUAAAGCCAGUCCUGACCAAAGGCGCUGCGGAUCACAUCGUCGCUACAUAUUCUGCUCUUCGAAACGAUGAAUUAACAGGGAACCAACGGAGAACAUCACCAAUGACUGCACGUACUCUUGAGACAUUGAUUCGUUUAUCGACGGCCCAUGCAAAAGCCCGUCUUUCCAAUAGAGUAGAUGAAAAGGAUGCCAAGGUCGCAGAAUCCAUUCUUCGUUUUGCCCUCUUCAAGGAAGUUGUGGAGGAUGAGAGACGCAAGCGACGGAAGACGGCAAAUAUACCCGAAUCUGAUUCUGAUUCCAGUGAUUCUGAUGACGAUGUUGAUCCUACCCAGAGGACGGCACGGGGUUCAACGACUGCUGGCUCGCAUGCUCCCAUGCGUCGCGGACCACAAGGAAGGUCGAGGAAUACACCUGAGCUUGACAAUGAUGACGAAUAUUCAGGGAAUAUUAGCAGUCUGAAUCUCGGUAGCUCCUCCCGCCUGACUCGCAGUCAGGGAACCGUUCAGGAGGAGUCUCAGAUGUCAAUUGCGUCAUCUCAGCCGGCAUCUCAACUGCUUCAAACACAAACAGAAGAGCUGGACUCUCAGGAAGACAUUAUUGCGGCAGCGGCAGCCACAGCAGCUUCAUUACCUCAGCUACACAUAAACAGAGUAAAUGCAUUCCGAGUCGCCCUUGGGCCUCUGAUGAGAUCCGAACUGUUCCAGGGCGAUUCCGCGAAUGUGAUGAAUGUGAUAGAUGCUGUAAAUGCGUCAAUACGAGCCUUGAGCACGCAAACAAGCACGUUUGAGUUGACCGAAGCACUACAGGCCUUGAAGGUGAUGAAUGACAAGAAUGAAAUUAUGUACCUUGGAGAGGAGACGGUUUAUCGCAUAUAG